CAUAUUGACAAUAGAAUUUCGAGCGUGUUUACUCAAAAGGUUCGCUCACGCUGUAAUAUACGAAAAAGUCGCUCCCUUAUAAAUUCAGGACACUCUGCGAACGAGGAAUAUCACCUUAAAAUACAAUGGGGAACAAGCAAUCAUCUAAUCGUUCUAAUAAAGAAACGGUAACUGCUAAAGUUGAAACUAAAGAAAAUGAGCCAAUUGAACAGCCACCAGUCAAUUUGGUUAGAGAAGACAUUGAAAAACCAAAAAAAUCAAUACUUGCGAAAACGCCUAACAAUACCGAAAAUAUUGAUCAAAGACUGGCAGAAAUUAAAAAAAAACGUUUACAAUCGAAGUUACCGAAAGACAAACACAUAAACAAUUUAAAGACUACGUCAAUGGAAUCAAGUGUGACGAAAUUGCCUGUAACCUUGAAAGUUGUUGGAACGAAUACCGAGAGAGAUCAAACAUCUUCUCACCAGAACAACACAUCAUCAAACCAUUUUUAUAAUGGAUAUGAAAAUGACAGCAAAAUGUAUAAAAACGACACCAAUACGGAGAAUACGCCUAAAAAGUUUAACUUAAGAAUCGAAAAUGACACACGUGACGAAAUUGAUAGCCCUCUACAAGUAAACGAAGUUCCGAAAAAUACAAAAAGUGAUUUAGAGAAUAAAAUAAUUGAUCAGGAAGAAAGCGAUGAGAGUAUUCCAACGAGUACGGAUAACGAUGAAGUGAUAGAAUCGGAUACUGUAAAACCAAGAGUUUUAGAUCAGACGGAGGAUCAAUGUUUAAGUGACAAAAGUUCUUUAGCAUCGGAAAGGUCAGACCUCAGCUCUUUAAACGAGGAAGAUGUGGCCAGAGAACUGGAAGAAUUGAUAAGAGAAAACGAUUUUGAGGAAUCGCCACGCCCACCUAAGAGGAAGAAGAAGCUAGCUGCUCAACAACAUAAGAAUGACGAUAUGUUGAGCAACGAUGAAACAUUUCAACAAUUUCAAUAUUAA